AUGUCAUAAUUAUAAUAAUAUAACAAAAUUUAAUUAGUAGAAUAGGAGGGAAUGAUUGUACAAUAAGAAUUGGUACUUAUAAUAAGUUAUCAUAAUAUUAGCUGUUAGAAGAACAGUGUUGGAACAGUUUGUACAUGGAACACAACUACAGAUCCUCCAUAUUGUUUAAAUAAAACAUUUAGUUUGAAAAUUGGCCAAAAAAUUUAACUCCUUCUAACUGCUACAAAUGUUGUAAAUAAUGUAUAUUCUCUAAUAUAUAUAGAUUAUUAUUUGCUACUAUAUGAAGAAAUAUUUAAUUUAUUGUUCUUCCUUUUAAUAUUCAGUUAAUUGUACAUGAACAUCAACAAAUAUCUAGUUCUAUUGGAAUAGAUCAAGUUAUAUUAAUAGAAUUUUCAAACUAUAAUAAUCAUUUAUUUUAUCUCAUAAAUGUACUUCAUGUGCAGACAGAAGACUUGCUAAUCAUAGGCAUACUGUUACUGUAUUUAAUAAUACCAAUUGUUCAGACUAAAUAUUUCUUAUAUAUUUAGAUAUUUUCAAAAAUUGAUUUAAUUUUUAAAACAUAAACUGUGGUUUUAAUAUGAAUUAAUUUUUGCUGAAGAGAUAAAACCCCUUAUCAUACUUAACUUUGAAUAUUUUCUGUAUCUCUGA